AUGAGUGACGUCACACUUCGUCAACGUGUCCCGCUUUUGAAUGCGUGUUCCAGAAAAGUGAGUUUUUUCAGAAAAUAUUUGAAUUUUUUCUAUUUUUUCGCUUCGAGACCAAAAAGAGUACUGUAUCCGCGAAAAAUUAUUUUCAAAAACAUUUUUUGCGCUUCGAGACCCAAAAUACUUGACCUGACCUUGAAAAAUCGUGAAAGGUGUGACGAAAAAGUUUUUUCGAAAAAAAAAACAAAAAAAAAACUUUUUUCUCUGCGUCUCUCUCGCUUUUUUUCCAGUUUUACUGGUUUUUUUGUUGAGUGCUAAUUUUAGAAAAUGACAAAAAAUUAGAAAAAAAAGUUAUAGUAUACGAUUUUUAUUGAUUUUUGCAAAAAAAAAAAAAUAGUUUUGGCGCGAAAAAAUUGUUUAAAAAAUAUAAUUUGAAUAUUUGAAUUUCGCGCCAAAAAUGCCACGUUUUGGCGGGAAAAUUUUCAAAUUAUCACCAAAUUUACACUCAAAAAUCCCGAAUUCCCACAAAAUUUCAAAAUUUAAUUUUCCCGCCAAAAUUGCCACGUUUUGGCGGGAAAAAUCCCCAACUUUCGCUUUUUUCUCCGUUCCCAAUCGUAAUUUUGUCCUCAUUUUAUUCUUCUCCCUUUUUUCUGGUAAACGACCUCGAAAAACAAAUUAUUUAUUGAUUUUUUCUUUUUUUUUUCGAAUUUUGGUGAAAAAAAAUAUUUUUGCCGCCAAAAAUCAUGGUCUCGAAGCGAAAAAUCUACAAUGAAAAUGCGGUGAGUCAAAAAACAUCGCGAUUUUCAGUCAAAAAUCUGAAAAUUUUCAGCCAAGUCAAGAAGAUGAGCAAAUCGAAGAGAAGCGCUGUUUUUUGCAUGUUCGAUAUUUAUCGAUUGGAAUCGCGUUGACUGAAUUGGCCAUUUUGAGUUAUCAGGUGAGAUUUUUUUUUGUAAAUGGGGAAAAUUCGAAAAAAUCUGCAUUUUCACGUCAAAUUUGAUGUUUUCCUGCAUUUUCACGUUAAAUUUGAUGUUUUUCUGCAUUUUCACGUGAAAUUCCAUGUUUUUCUGCAUUUUCACGUCAAAUAUGAUGUGUUUCUGCAUUUUCACAUCAAAUUCAAUGUUUUUCUGCAUUUUCUCGUCAAAUUUGAUGUUUUUCUGCAUUUUCACGUAAAAUUCCACGUUUUUCUGCAUUUUCACGUCAAAUUUGGUGUUUUUCUGCAUUUUCACGUGAAAUUCAAUGUUUUUCUGCAUUUUCACGUCAAAUUCAAUGUUUUUCUGCAUUUUCACGUCAAAGUUGAUGUUUUUUCUGCAUUUUCACGUCAAAUCAAAUUCCACGUGGCGCGAAAUUGUGAAAAUUCAAAAAAUCCACGUUUUCCCAUCAAAUUUGGGCUCAAAAUAUCACAAUUUUGAUCAAAAUUAUCGAUUUUUGGCUCAAAAAUCUGCAUUUUUUCUCAUUUUCAGCUGCUAACUGGCUCAUGGAGCUCAUCAGAAAACGUCAUUCUAAUAAUAUUCUCCUCACUUCUCCUUUUCCUCGUCUGCAUUCUCCUAUUUUUGGCGAUUUUCUAUCAAAUCGGCGUGCUUUUGGUGCCCCACAUUGUAAUGCAAACAAUGAUUGUUUUGAGUAUGUUGGGAAUGGCUGGAUUCGCAUUGUAUGCACUGUUCUCCGGAGCAUCGUUGCAAAUUUUGCUGGUUGUUACGAAUCCCGAAAAAGCGGCUGAGAGUUUGGUAAGCGGGUUUUUUGGCGGGAAAAUUUGAAAAAAAAAUUGAAAUAAUUUUUUUGCCGCCCAAACAAUGCACUGUUAUCAGUGGAGCAUCGUUGCUAAAUUUAAAAAAAAUUCAAAUUUUUUCUAGAUUUUCAAUUAUCGAUUUUUGAUAGAAUUUUCAAAAUUUCAAAAUUUGGCGCCUAAAAAUGCACUGUUAUCAGCGGAGCAUCGUUGCAAAAUUUCAAAAUUGCCACGUCAUGAGCAAAUUUUGACGCCGAAAUUCCUUUUUUUUUAAAUUUUGGGCAGGAAAAUUUGAAAAUUAUCGAUUUUUGAUAGAAAAUUUGAAAAAAUGGCCAAAUUCUGGUCUAGAAACAAUAUUUUCAAUUAAAAUUUUCAAAUUUUCAAAAUUUGGCGCCUAAAAAUGCACUGUUAUCAGCGGAGCAUCGUUGCAAAAUUUCAAAGUUGCCACGUCAUGAGCAAAUUUUGACGCCGAAAUUCCUUUUUUUUAAUUUUUGGCGGGAAAAAUUGAAAAUUAUCGAUUUUUAAUUAAAAAAAUGUGAAAAAAUGGCCAAAUUAAUAAAAAUUUUCAAAAUUUCAAAAUUUGGCGCCAAAAAAUUCAUUGUUAUCAGCGGAGCAUCGUUGCAAAAAUUCAAAAAUUCAAAUUUUUCAAAAAAAUUCGACGAUUUUUGAAUUUUAAAGGAACAUAAAACGAUUUCGGCGCCAAAAUUUGGAAAUUCAAAUUUUCAAAGGAACAUGUAAAUUUUUUGGCGCGAAAUUCAAAUUUUUCCAGAUUUCCCUCCCCUCACCAAUGAUCUCAACAAGUAUUAUUUCAAGUUUUUUGUGCGGAACACUUUUGCUAUUUUUCCUAAUGUAUUUAGUUGGUGCAAUUGUAAAUGUGAGUUUUUUGGGGUGAAAAUCUGGAUUUCUGCUGAAAAUUUCGAAUUUUUGGGCUGAAAAUCGUCCAGAAAUUGUUGUUUUUGAAUAAAAAUCGUUGAAUUUGAAGAAAAAUUCAAAUUUAAACUCAAAAACUUGCAAAUUUUAUCAAAAAUCUUCUAGAAUUAGUUGUUUUUGAAUAAAAAUCGUUAAAUUUUAUGAAAAAUUCAAAUUUACACUCGAAAAAAUGUCCAGAAAUAGUUGUUUUUGAUGAAAAAUCAUUGAAUUUCAAGAAAAAUUCAAAUUUAGACUCAAAAAAUUGAAAAUUUUAUCGAAAAUCUUCUAGAAUUAGUUGUUUUUGAUGAAAAAUCAUUGAAUUUCAAGAAAAAUUCAAAUUUAGACUCAAAAAAUUGAAAAUUUUAUCGAAAAUCUUCUAGAAUUAGUUGUUUUUGAAUAAAAAUCGUUGAAUUUGAAGAAAAAUUCAAAUUUAGAUUCAAAAAAUCGUAAAUUUCAUCAAAAAUGGUUGAAUUUUAAGAAAAAUUCAAAUUUAGAUUAAAAAAAUCGUAAAUUUCAUCAAAAAUGGUUGAAUUUUAAGAAAAAUUCAAAUUUAGACUCAAAAAAUUGCAAAUUUUAUCAAAAAUCGUUGAAUUUGAGCAAAAAUUCAAAUUUAGACUCAAAAAUUGCAAAUUUUAUCAAAAAUCGAUGAAUUUUAUGAAAAAUUCAAAUUUAGAUUCAAAAAAUUGAAAAUUUUAUCGAAAAUCGUCGAAUUUGAAGAAAAAUUCAAAUUUAAACUCAAAAAAUUGAAAAUUUUAUCGAAAAUCGUUGAAUUUGAAGAAAAAAUCAAAUUUAGACUCAAAAAAUUGCAAAUUUUAUCAAAAAUCAUCUCGAAAAUUGCAGGUUUGGUGUCUUCGAAUCGUCAUCGAUUGCUACAAAUUCCUAGCUCAACAAAAACUCAAAAGACAUCGAAAUCUGUCGGAAGAAGCCGAAUAUUGUGCACCCAAAACUGUUCAAGUCCAAAUGGCCAUGUUUUCGAAUCGAUUGGUCUCGGCAACUGAUUUUUAA